AUGAGCAGAUCAAUCAGAUUUCAGGUUUGCUUGGUCACCUGCAUCAUCCUGCUCAUAUCCUCUAGCUGGCAAUGCCUGGCCUUCCAGAGACUGGAGAAGAGAGACUCGGUGCAGGUAGAGCAAACUGCCCUGGCAGGGAACGAGUUAAAAGACAGGCUGAACACACAAAGCUUGGAAAAUAACCUUGGCCUCUCUGAGCAAACCACCAGUGAUCCCAUCUCAGAAGAGCCAUCUGGAGUGUCAGCGAAGCCACCUGGGACAUCAUUAAACAAAGGCUUCACUGCAAGAGGAGAGACACAGCACACCAGUCUUAGCGGUAAUGUUUUCCCAGACAGUAAGAGCCUGGAUGUUUACACCCCUACGAUAUCAGUGGUCGCUACAGAUAAAAAGGAGCUUAGCCCCACUAAUCCAGACAAAGAGCUGAGUGAAAAUGGACCUAUGAAGGCCAUGCUCACAACAGCGGUGACUACCCUAAAUCCCAACAUCAGCAGCGCUGGUAGCAAGACAACAGUAGGGGAGAGCAAUGAAACAGGACGUGGCUUUUCUGCCUAUCUAAAUAACCCGGUUUUCAUGACGGCUGCUACAGAAGAGAAGAAGGCUGAAGGGAACGUGGAGCAGUCGGUGACAGCCCAGCUGAGCAGUGAUGAAAUGCCCACUUUGCUCCCCAGCUCCCGAACCUUAGAUGUGGCGGAUGACUUCCUGGCAAUCCCUGCACCUCUUGUUGAUCAAACCGCUGAAUCCGAGCCUGGCACACUGGUGCCAAAUGCAGCCAGUCCCUUGCAGUGGACAGCAGCAGAGGGCCCUGAUUUCACUGCAAAACCCUCUUCUCUAUUCACAGAUGCCUCCCUGAAUUUGGAAGCAGUACCUGACAACGGGCACGGGGGCUUCCAUGCUACAGCUAGCAUGGUCACAGUCCCUCCGGCUGUCCCUGCACCGACUGAUGACUGGGAUGAUACAAAAGUAGGGAACAUUAGCCAGGAGAGGGGCACAAAACAGGAGGAGAUAAAGCUAGACCACAUGUUAACAGAGCCACCUCAGACAGCAGCAGGAGACCUUGAGGAGAAGGAUAUGAAAAGACUGAUGCCAUUCACAGCUUCUGCAUAUGCAACUACUGUGAACCUAGAUGAAAAUGAUCCUGCUGGGCCAAGCCCGAUAUCUGUGCAGGGAAAAGAGAUGUCAACAGCUUCUGCUGACCAAACAGUGGUUUCUGUCCUCAGCACCCUGACUGCAGAUGAAGCGACUGCCGCAAACACAGUGGAAAAUACAGAACCCGUGGAGGAGAGGGAACGUGUCUCUCUACCAUUGCCAGAGGCCGUUGCUGAUACGCAAUCUGACGUCUUCCAGACUCUAGCAAACACAUUAAAAGGUGUUACUCAGGAAACGACAGUCAGUCAAGAAACCGAUGCUGCUUUGCCUGUCCUGACGCCAGCAGACCUUGCUACGCAUGGGGCCACAAGUGCGACAGAGGAGAAAAGUAAGCUGGCAACCCAGCUACCAGAUGUCUCUGGUGUCACCCAGCUGUUGAGUGCAGACUAUCCAGCAACUCUCGUCUCCUCCACUGCCUCCCAUUUGUCUCCUGAAAAAACUCCAGAAGUUGAAGAGCCGGUCACCAUCUCCAACGAGAAGGCUGUCCCUGCCCUUGCUGGACCUGACGCGACCCGUGCUGGAAUGGGAAUGCAGACGGAGGAGACCACCAGUAGGACCACGGUCUUGGCAACUCCAGCUUCAGUGAUGUUGUCUGUAAGGAGGACUGUUGUUCCAUCUGUGAGGAGGAUCAGCACGGCCGUAACCUAUGGACUGGACCAGCUGGAAUCGGAAGAGGGUGAGGAAGAGGAGGAGGAUGAGGAAGAAGAGGAGGAGGAAGAAGAAGAGGAAGAGGAAGACAAAGAUAUAGACUCAAUGGAUGAGAGCAUGGAAGGGGAUACUGAGUUGCCAGGCUUCACACUUCCUGGUGAGCCCUCCCAAGAACCCCUCGCUGGCCUGGGCAACCCUGAAGCACAGCUGGCUGGGGUAUCUUACCAAGUUCCAGACACCAUCGAAUGGGAACAGCAAAACCAGGGCCUUGUGAGGAGCUGGAUGGAAAAGCUCAAAGAUAAGGCAGGGUACAUGUCUGGGAUGCUGGUUCCUGUGGGGGUCGGCAUAGCCGGAGCCCUUUUUAUCCUGGGAGCACUCUACAGCAUUAAGAUUAUGAAUCGCCGAAGGAGAAAUGGCUCUAAAAGGCAUAAAAGAAAGCAGAGGGAAUUUAACAGCAUGCAAGACCGCGUAAUGCUCUUAGCUGACAGCUCCGAAGAUGAAUUUUGAAUCAAACUGCAGUGCCGUCGUGAGAUCCAAUGACUUUUUCUUUUGGUGGGGGAGGGCAGGGAAGGGAGCAAAAGGAAUGAAUAUCUGCUGCAUCACUGCUAUCAGCCACUCUGAGCCACUGGUAGUGGUUUCUGCACCCUGGCAAAAACAGCAUGCUGUAUCUAAAUGUAAUGUGCAAUGAUGUUUGUUUUUCUACAGUAGUGAGAGUUCAUAUUCACCCACAGCACGUCAUUAUAAUGCAGAGUCCAUACUGCUACAGCUG